AUGAAGCCCUCUUUCCUUACCCUCGUUGGUCUCUUGGCCGCCUCUGUGGCUGCCAACCCCGUUCCCGCCAUUGGUGGUGCUGUUCUAGCGCCCAGAGGCAAUGGAGCCAACAAUAACAACAACGGUGCCAAUGCUGCCAAGGGCAAGCAGAAUGGCAAAAAGAAUGGAAACAACGGUGCUGCCGGAGGUGCGGCAAAGAACGGAACUGCUAAUGCCGGUGGUGCUACCGCUGGCGGAGCCGCUGCGGGCGGCGCCGCUGCCGGUGGCGCUGGUGCAAAGGCCGGGAACACUUCUGCUCUUGUCUUACCUGAUGGGCGUAUCAAGGCAGACGCGACACCCGAGAACUUCAAUGUCCUCGAGAGUGUGUUCAAGAGUGCUGUAGUCAAGGGCGAUGGUCUUGUUUUCAGCGACAUCAUCACUUUCCCCGAAGGCCAGGCCUCACUUUUCGACAAAGCAACCAACACCAAGGCUUUUGCCAUCAACAUUGAUGACAAGUCUGUCUUCGUCCCCAAGGGUGGUGAAGCUCAGGCGAACAUUCGUCGUGCCGAUCUGCUCCCUAGCAUCAGAUCUCAGCUCAAUGAUGUGGCCGUCACUGGCGUCCGAACGAUGCACUUCUCUAUUCAGCGCGACGCUACCAAGCCCCUCAAUGUUACGCACGACUAUCAGGUUUUCAACCUUGAGUCCAAGGAUUUCUCCUUCCACCAGAUUGAUGUUCGCACUGGAGCCGACAACGGCAACGAGAUCGCGGUCUUUGGUAACUCCAAGACAACUCCGGCUGCCAAGAUCUUCUCGACACCGUUCGGCGAGGGCCAGUUCGAGAACUUUGCCAUCAAAAUGGACUUCAAUGCCAACACCGUCCAAGUGUUCCACAGCACCGCCAAUGAUCCUUUGAAGCAGGUCACUGAGCCUAUUGCAGAUCUCGCCGGUCUUGGCGAAUACCACUUCUCUCUGCAGAAGAACCCCGUUGGAACUGCGACUCAGCCCACUGGCAUCAAGGAGGCAAUCAUCUUUGGCGGCAUCUUCAUGGAGGACUCCACCUCCGGAACGGUUACCCUUCAGUAG